ACCAGUCUGUUGUGCCGCGCCGGGACGGAUUCACGCUACCGACCGGAUAUGUUGCAGCAGCAGUCAUCGUCUUGAGACAGAGCCGCACAGCAGCAAGAAAACAGCGUUCUUCUAUUUAAAAAAAAAAAAACACUUGGACAAAAAUCAAUUGUGAACGACAUUUUAGGUUUCCACAACGUGCGUGUGUUUUUAUCUUAUCCGACCAAUUUCUUUUGUUUGACGCAGUUCGGAAAAUAAAACAAAGAGCGUUUUGAUUUUUUUUGGCUUCUUUCAACCUACGGCGGAUGGCACGUUUAGUAGCAACAGGCCAGCCUCAUUUAGUACAGUAGUAGCAGCAUCAGUAGCAAAGUUUUCUUUAACGGAUGUGCAGAUGUGAAACAGCUGCUGGCGUUCCACCGUUUUUCCACCAGUGUCUUGUGCUUCUCUCGUGCUUUUACUCCGCCUGCUGCACCUCCUGUGUGUCUGUGUCGUUCUCUUACUGAGAGGCUGCUGCCUUGAUUUGCUGUACGAAGCUGUAAACGCACGUCAGCAGCCAACGAGAAGAAGAAAGUGCUUCUGUUUGGGGUUUAUUUUUUUGCAGUCGAAAUUCCGGCCAACGCGCAACAACAACAACAACGAAAAAGAAAAUAAUUCCGCUUUUUUCGAAAGUGGAACAAAGCCGCGGGAAAUCCUUUCGUUCAAACCUCUCGCUUUUUUUUUUUCGGCUGGGCUAUAAGUGUAAUUCCGUAUUUUAUUUUGGAACACGAGGUCGACCACCAAGGAUUACCACAACUGCCUGCACAAAUUCCAAAGAGAACAACCCCAAAAAAAUCAGACGGGAGAGAAAAAAAAAAGUAAAAAGGGAAAGAAGAUAAGAGAAAAUUUGUGUUGGCAACAGUAGCGUCCAUGUCUCCGGAUUGAACAGUCGCUUCGACGUUUCGUUGCUGCCCUAUCGGAUUUCCAGUGAAGUUAAGACAUUUGAACUGAAAGAACAAAGUCGAAAGAUCAUGGCCGACUCGAAGGAGUCGCGUCUAUCGUCGGCCAGUUUCAUGGCACCCACUCCGCACGGACUCGGUGGCUAUCCGCACGUCAUGCACAUGUCAGCCGCUCACGCGGCUGGCUUACGAGAAGUGUCCGCAUUCCGGCCCGUGGUGCCAUCACGACCGGUGAACAGCAUCAUGCCGUCGUUCCUGGGCAACGCAGACGAGAGCUCCUGCUCACCGCAAAAGGGCAACAGCAGCGAUGCUGGUGAUCGUGGCAGCAAGACAAACUUCGACUACACCAACCCUACACCGGUGAAUGGCAAAAACAGUGGCGGACCCCCUUCGACAACGACAAGUUUGCGCCCAGGUGAUAAAAGGACAGCAGAGGAAUCUUCGCUGGCUCCACCACCGGCCCAUCCGCCACCACCUUCUUCCUCCUCUUCAUCCUCGUCUUCGACAUCGUCGUCCAACCGCCGACCGGCUGGAGGCAACGGUGGAGGUGGUCGAGUCCUGGAACCUCUGGCGGCUUCCUCGGCUUUCGGACUGGGCAAAUCGCCCUUUCCAGUUUUCCCACCGUCGGCCAACCAGUCCCAGCAUCAAUCUGGACAUCAGCAAUUCGCCGGACAUUACGACACAUUUUCGCCCGUUUUCUCUUCGCCUUUCGAUCGCCGCUUGAUUUCACGCGGAAGCGGAGGAGGAGGUGGAGUCUCUUCAUCCUCGUCUACCGUGUCGUCCGGCAUCGCUCCCGGCCGUGCUUCCCGACCCAAGAAGCAGUUCAUCUGCAAGUUCUGCAACCGCCAAUUCACCAAAUCCUACAAUUUACUCAUCCACGAGCGGACCCACACGGAUGAGCGGCCCUACUCUUGCGACAUUUGCGGAAAGGCUUUCCGUCGUCAGGACCACCUGCGCGAUCAUCGUUACAUCCAUUCGAAAGAGAAGCCGUUCAAAUGCGCUGAUUGCGGCAAAGGUUUCUGCCAAUCGCGGACGCUGGCCGUCCACCGUAUUCUGCACUUGGAAGAGUCACCGCACAAGUGCCCAGUGUGUGCCCGCAGUUUCAAUCAGCGCUCCAACCUCAAGACGCAUUUGCUGACCCACACCGACCUGAAACCGUACGAGUGUUCUUCGUGCGGCAAAGUCUUCCGCCGCAACUGCGAUUUGCGUCGCCACGCCCUGACGCACGCCGUCGGCGAUGUGGGAACUGAGAGCGAGAGCAACGAUACUUCCCUCCACUCACCUGGAUUGCAAUCAGUCGUCGUCAAAUCAUCCGGCGGCAUUUCGAUGAUCCAUUCGCACCGGGCUUCGGAUUUAGAGGCGGGCCCUAGUGGCUCCAAAUCGGCGCUGGAUUACGUGGACACGUCAGAGGAUUCGUCCGACUCUUGCGAUUCGUUCAUCUCCGUCACAUCGUCACCUGUGCCGACGUCGUCCGCUGCGGCGCUGCUCCGCCAGACUGAAGCUGCAGCCGCCGCUGCGGCUGCUGCCGCGGCAGCAACCAAAGAAUGCGCGCCGGCCGACAUCAGCCCGGAAGUCCGCGGACCUCCUCAACCACCUCCGCCUUUAGUCCAGUUGCUUCCACCUCCGGCAGCCCGUCCGAUGAAUCCAUCGCGACCAUCUGGUUUCAGUAUAGAGGACAUUAUGCGUCGCUAAAACGCCCCAAGUUUCAAGAAAAGACGUUCCUUUUUCGAACGUGUGGGUGUGCUCCCAGUGGUUCAACGUCCACGUUCAAUACGUAUAAAUACCUAAAUUGUACAGCAUCGUGCGGAUGGUGAAGAGAAAACAAAGAGGACACAGUGUUGAGACGACGGUGUGACGACAGCGCCAAAAUGGUUUCGUUUUCAAAUUGCAGCGCUCUUUUAAUGAUCGAUCUCCGCCGCUCGCAGUAAACAGCUCAGCCGAUUUCAGAAUUCACGCAACAUUCAUCGUGUGUGUCUACGCGCUUCUGUGAUAUACUCAAUUGCUUUGUGUUUCUUUGUCUUUUUUUGGUAUUAUUUAGAGGAAUCAAAUCACAUUUAUUAUGUCAAGAAGAACAAUAUGGAGAUGAGGCUCUUCUACUUUCGGUUGAAUCGGUGCCAAAUCGUUCUAUUAAAUUUCUUCUUCUUGUCCCUUUUUCUUUUUUUUAUCAAAUUCAUUUUUGUCUUUCGUGAUUUUCUUUUUUACUUGUUCUCUCUCUUUGCCACAUGUAAACUCUCACCCUGAAACGAGGCUCCCAUUAUCGCCAUCUUCUGCGUCCAAUGUGAUGAAGCUCGACCGUAGAAGUAUUCCCGUGACAGUAAAAUGCUAUAGAAGUGCAGCCGAUUUCUCCUCGCAAGUCUCUUGCUACUUUAAAAAAUACAUAAUACAAGUACAGAGGGAAACACAUAGUUUUGCAUAAUAAGAAAAGCAGAGAGGGAUGAAGCGAAAUGAAGGAAAAAUAGGAGUAAAAUAAAAAAGAAAGUGAGCAGAAGCGGUUGGAAUGAUGCUACUCAUUCCGCUGCUGCUGCUCUUCUAUUCCUUUAUUCAAGAGUUCUGACGUUCUCUCAGGUGCGCGCGCUGACGACCAUCUGUGGCCUUCCUGCUGGGAUUGUAUAGGUUUUCUCUGAGAGAGACUGGAGGCAUACAACAUUUUUUUUUCUUCUUUUCUUCAGAGUUAUUUUCUUUUUCACUCAAGGUUUUUCUCUUCCCCUGAAAAAUUCCCGAGACCCCACCUUUUACCGUCUAUAAAAUACAAACAGGUUGAAUGUAAGAAUAGGAAAAAAAAAAAAAUUCCAAUGUAAGAGACAGGACAAAAGAAGAAGAACCCCCCACACGAUAAAAUAAUAAUAAUAGUUGUAGUUUAUUAUAUUCUCUUUCUUUGUGUACGAGAGAGAGUUUAUACUUGCGCAUGCGACGCAAUUCCAAUACAAAAAUAUGUGUGUCCAACCAAUCUCAAUUCAAGGAAUUCAUUGCGAUCAAUCAACUAGUGUGCGGGAUUCGUUUGGUGUUACGUCUGUUGAUAUUUCGUUUAAUUUUCGAUUUUUGUUUGGUGUCUAUGUGUCUGUAUCGUCUGUUAUAUAUCUAUUAAAAAAAUAUGCUGGUGAAUACAAAAAUCAGGUAUUCGUGUU